AUGUCAUCCUCGAAGCCAUACCAACACCCUGCCGACGAUGACGACUCGGAGCCCGAGAUGAUCGCCGAGGACGAUGUCCAGGAGGUUGUUGACGAUAUGGACGGGGAUGAAGAUGUCCCCAUGGACUCAGACGACGAGGAGCAAGGCGAAGAACUAGUGCUGGAGAACGACGGUAUCGCCUACUUUGACCAGCACAAGGAUUCAGUCUUUGCGAUCGCUCAACAUCCAGUAUACCCACAUUUGAUUGCGACAGGUGGUUCCGAGGGCGACGCCGACGAUGCCCCAGGAAAAGGCUACGUUAUCGACAUCUCUGCCGCCUCGUCAAAGCCAGUCCUCCCCCCAAGCUACAACUCAGACCCUAGCUCCGUUGGGGCGUGGCAACCGACCGAACUUCAGCCCCUGUUCGCCAUCGAUGGACACACAGACAGCAUCAAUGCGCUGACAUUCACUCUACCACGCGGUGACUUCUUGGUCAGUGGCGGCAUGGACGGGCGGUUGCGCGUGUACGCUGUAGGAGUUCCCAGCACCGGGACAGGUGCUCAGUUCAAGUACGUCGGCGAGUCACAAGAAACAGAAGAAGUCAACUGGGUAUCGCCUUGCCCAUCCGCCGCCCAUCCGAACACCAUCGCCUUGGGCGCAUCCGACGGCUCCGUCUGGGUCUUCACCAUUGACCCAGCUGCCGAUCCUUCCAACCCAAUCCAGAUCGUCCAGUCCUACUUCCUCCACACAGCAUCCUGCACAGCAGGCGCCUGGUCUUCUGACGGCCUUCUCCUCGCUACCGUCAGCGAGGACAGCUCCCUCCACGUUUUCGACGUCUUUGGCGAGGCGGCUGCUAAGAACCUCGUCACCGAUAACGGUCAAACAGUUGUGUCUCUUGCGGACGCGGAUCAACGCUUCUUCGUCGAGGGUGGCCUCUACUCCGUCGCCAUUUCCCCCUCUGGUGGGCUCGUGGCCGUCGGUGGCGCCCAGGGUGCCAUCAGGGUCGUCGGUCUCCCUCGCCUCUCCGCUCAGCCUGCUUCGCGAACCACACAACGUGCCGUCCCCGUCCAACGAGGCCCCGCCGGCCGCAGAGCUGCUCCUUCCAACUCGUCCAACGCGCAGAGCGAUCCUUCCGCCGGUGCUGGCGUCGUUCUGGCCGCGUUGAACGUACAAUCAGACGGCAUCGAGUCCCUGUCUUUUUCGCCGCAACAGCCUCUCCUCGCUGCUGGCUCAGUAGACGGCAGCAUUGCCAUCUUUGAUGCCGCGAGGUCGUUCCAAGUAAGGAAACACAUCCGCGGUGCCCACGAGGGGGAGUCUGUUGUCAAGGUAGACUUUGUCCGGGCUGCCACUGGCGCGACUGCCGGUUGGCUCCUGACGUCGUGCGGUUUGGACGGCGUGGUGAGACGGUGGGACAUGCGCGGCGCGACCGCUACCCAGGAGGCUGUUGCUGCUGGGCUGACGGCUGGUCUGAUCAAGGAGUGGAAGGGUCACAGAGGUGGUGGUGAGGGUGGUGGUGUUUUGGGUUUUGUGCAGGGCGCUGAUGGUGAGAGGGUCGUCACAGCGGGUGAUGACUCCGUGGUGCUGGUUUUCGAGGCCUAA